AAAUGGUAACUGGCAAUGCGACACAAUUUUUUACGCUAAAACAAAAUUUAUUUCAGGUAAUAUUCGGUGCCGAAAAAUUAAUGAAUUUCGUUGAUAAACUGUAUGAUUGAUUGUACAUGCUUCUUCCUAAUUAAUAGCUCGGCCGGCGAUUUUAAUAAGUUAUUCUAUUCUUAUUGGUAAUUGAUAGUAUUGUAUUAUAUCAAGGAUGUGGGUUGAUCUAGAUGAUCCUGAAGUUGUAGAUGACAACGAUGAUGAUGAUGGUUUAAAUUUUUACGAACCUGAUGAUUUAGACUAUCCAGAGUAUAAAUAUGAUUCAUUUGCAGAGUUGGAGCGAAAACAUAAUAGAUGUGAAUUUCUGUCAUUGCAAGAUAUAUGCUUGCAAACAAUAUCCAAAAAUCUUCCUCGAUUUAACCUGGCCUUUUCUGUAUCCGAAAAUCUCGACUUCCGGAGAAACUUACAGUAUUUACAACGAUUCCAUUCUAUAUACUUCAUUAGCGAAGUUACAAAAACCACUGGAAAGUUAGACGAGUCAUAUUUUGAUUUUCUGCUUAAUGAAUACAUAAAAGAGUUUGACAUGAACCCUCUUUAUGACUGUGAUUGGGAUGCUGUUGUUAAGCGGAUGUCUGAAAUUGGCCAUGGUUUUGAGAAAGUCCGUUUCACUUUUCCAGAGGAACCAGAUUUUGGAAAAGUUGUAGAUUUCGUGAAUAAAAUAGUUCCCAGCUUACCAAAUGUAAACACAUUGGACCUUACUCCAUAUUGUAAUGAUGCAACUUUAGAAAUCGUUACCUCGACGUGCCUGCAUUUGAAAGAAUUAUAUAUUGAUUGUAGCUCUGUGACUGAUAAGGGACUCAAAUCUCUGUGCCAAAAAAAUGAAGAUAAUGUUUGCCGUCUUAAUCUUACACGUUUGUCAUUGCCAAAUGUUGUUGGUGUUAAUGAAGGCAUUGCCUAUGUUUUACAAAAUAUGCCUUCUAUUGAGACGCUUGUGCAUGUUGAUCUGCCAUAUAUCCUAUAUAACAUACAUAAAGAUAAUAUGAGUAACACUUUGGAAAAGAAAUAUAAUUUAACUUCGUUAUAUUUAGGAGCAAAUUCCCCUUGGGAAUCUUCUUCAUCUGUAACUGAUAUCUUAAUCCUAUUUAGUGAGGUCUGCCCACAUAUUAAAGAAAUUACUCUGAGAUUAAUGUGUAAAGAACACCUUGAUUUAUGUUUAAGAUUUCCUGAACUGGAAAAGUUCAAUGCAUGUAAUAAUGUUACGGUCAGUCUGAGUUUAGAUCUAAAUGAAUUUCUCAAGGCUAAAGGUGGAAUGUUGCGUGCUUUACUUUUAGAAAAAUUUGAUCUUUCAGUUACAGCUCUUGUACAAAAUUGCCCAAAAUUGGAAAAACUAAAUUUACUAAAUUCAACAUUUCAGCCUUUUGAAACUGGCACUACUUUGCAGUCAUUGAAUAAGCUGCAAGAACUCACUUUAGAAUAUUUUAAUUUUGGGGAUGCCCAGGUUCGUCGAUCUGUGAUUUAUAUUUUGAAUUCUAGUCAAAAUGUUGAAAAAUUAUCCUUACUAUGUUGCAAGUUUGUAAACAAUGAAGAAUUUGUUACCAGACUUUCCAAGUUUUGUGAAAAUGAAGCACUGGAAUAUUUGAAAUUUACUAGUUGUGAUGUCGACGAGGCAUUUUUACAAUCGAUUCUCCUGACAUGCACCAAUUUGAAAACUCUUGUAAUAGAAUAUUGUGAUAAUAUAACUGAUACUCAAAUUUUAAAUUUGGAGGAACUUUCACAUUCUCUAAAAAAUUAUGUUAAGCUAAUGUGGACUGAUGAUAGAAGUGAAUUUGAAAUUGAUAGCGGUGAUGAUAUGUUCUAUGAUUACUCAGAGUAUGAUUCAGAUGAUUUUGAUAAUCAUGAUCCAUAUGAUUCUGACAAUCUGUAUUAUGGCUAUGAUAGUGAUGGCUAUUAAUAUUCCAUGUUUUAUACUUUCUUGUAUGUUUAUAAUGUUGUGAUUUAAAAACUGAAUAAAUAACAUCUUUUUUCAUUUAA